CACAGUGAAAGAGAGAGAGAGAAACAGACAGAGUAGGGGUUGUGUGUGAGAGAGAGAGAAGUGAGAGAGUCGUUUGUUUCCGUUUUUUUUUUUUCCUGUUAAAUAUAUGUGAAAUAGAGACAGAAGGCGAUGGUGUCGGACCAGGAAUUAGCGAAAGGGGUGGAGACUGUGCUCCGUCAAUCAGACCCCAACUCCGUCACCUCCAUAGACGGUGUCGUUCAGCAACUCGAAGCGAAGCUAGGGUUAAACCUCUCCCACAAGGCAGGCUUCAUUCGUGACCAGAUCAACCUUCUGCUUCGGGCACACCCGACAACUGUAACAACAACCGCAACCGCAACCGCCACCGCCAUAGCUGUUACACAACAACCGCCGCCGCCGCCGCCACAUCCUCAUCCACAACCACAUACUAUUCACCUUUCACAAAAAGACCAUUUUGCCCUUCAACAUCAUCCGCAAUUCCAACAAUUCCCUGUUCAUUUUGCCCUCCAUCCCAACCAUCACCCCCAGGUUUUCCCACAGGACCUGAACUUCCGCCAGCCACAGGGGGUACCAAUUGCCCCACCGCCCCAGCAGCACCAGCAGCAGCAGCAACAGCAGAGGCAGCAGCCAUUGGCUCUCCCGAAGCCCGAUGUCUUCUCCCAAAAUGCCACCCCUGCUUCUUCUGAAUUGUCCAAAGAAAGUGCUCCAGUUGGAGCCAAGAGAAGAGGUGGCCCAGGUGGGUUAAACAAAGUUUGUGGCGUGUCACCUGAACUUCAGGCCAUUGUUGGUGAGCCGGCCUUGCCAAGGACUGAGAUUGUGAAGCAAUUGUGGGCUUACAUCAGGAAAAACAACCUACAAGAUCCAAGCAAUAAGAGAAAGAUUAUUUGUGAUGAUGCCCUACGGGUGGUUUUUGAGACAGACUGUACUGACAUGUUCAAGAUGAAUAAGCUUCUUGCUAAACAUAUUAUUCCCCUUGAACCGACGAAGGAGGGUGGUCAAGCUAAAAGAGUGAAGGUAGAUGUUGAUUCCACAACUGAAAACACUGAAGCUGGUACCUCUGUAAUGGUGAUAUCUGAAGCACUCGCCAAGUUUUUGGGGACUGGAGGAAGGGAGAUGACCCAAUCAGAGGUCUCCAGGCGUGUUUGGGAGUAUAUAAAGGUUAACCAACUGGAGGAUCCACUGAAUUCGAUGGUGAUAUUGUGUGAUGCACGGCUCCGAGAGCUUCUUGGAUGUGAAAGCAUUUCUGCAGUGGGUGUAGAAGAGAUGUUAGCACGACAUCAUUUGUUCAAGCAGUCAUGAUGUAUGGCUAUGAUAACUGGUGCAAGGAAUGUUUUGUGACCAUUGCCCUUCUGAUGGUAGAACAGAUAGUGAAGAAACUUGACUUUUUUACCCCUCACUUGUCUUAAUUUUUAUUUUUGGCUAUUGUGAAGUAACGUGGCUAGAUGAAAUGGUGAUUCAGUCUAGUUUGUUAUAAACCAGGACGAAAAUGUAGGAUGGGCCAAUGGCAGGAUGAAAGUAUGUUUGUAGUUAUGCCUGUUGCCCUGGAUUUAGGCUAAUCUUUUACGACUGUUUGAACUUCUCCAUGCCUAACCCUCUUAGUAGGUAACAGCAGUGGAAUUGUAAAAAGUCUUACCUCCUUCAAGGACCCAUAUCAUAUCUUAAUUAUGCCCCCGUGAUAUCUAGGGCUGUUGCUUGUUUAA